AUGGUUAAUUUACCGUCAAACUAUACCGACAUCCACAACUAUGCCCAGGAUGUCAUAUCAUUCAUGCAUGAACCGCUCUCAGUUCAGAUCACAGGAGGCAUCCAUGUCAAUGAUGCUUUCAUCUACGAUGCUUGGGAGAAACUACCCAGCGAAUGGACGACAUGGUGGGAAUCGUUACCUAGUCCUCAAGAUGCACAANAAGAUCUCAUUAACAGUCUUCGCGAAGGACCAGAUGCUAGAAAUCGCGAUCUGCCUGGUCGGCCAGACAAUCUAUCACGUUGGUUAGAACGUAUACGCAACUCGAGUCUCGAUCGCGAGCAAUUGGUUCUAUCGGAAGACAUUCCACACGUCGAUGUGCCGGAGAUUCUAGCCAGUCGUAUGGUUACGAAGAAGUUGGCAGAAGUACGCGCGGGCGCUCGAUACAUCAAUCAUAUCUGCAAGACAAACAACAUCACUCGUGUCGUCGACAUUGGUAGUGGACAAGGCUAUCUUUCCUUGACAUUGGCAGCAGUGUGUGGUUUGAAAGUCCUGGCUGUCGAUGGCAGCGAGAAGCAGAUCCAAGGCUCAAGGACAGCAGCUCAGCAAGCUGGACUUGUUGAAAACGACAACAUCACUCAUCUUACUCGUUUUGUUACUGGUACAGAUGAACUAGGUACAGAGAUAGCGCUAUGGGCUCAAGGCGAGAGGUGUCUUCUCACUGGUCUCCAUGCCUGUGGUUCACUCUCCGAACACAUGAUUCGUCUUUCCACCACGGUUCCUUGUAUAACCCGUCUUGCAGUUGUUGGAUGCUGCUACAACCACAUCACUCCUGUUUCAGUUGAGAAUCCUACAGGCUUCCCAAUCUCAUCCUUCAUGCGCACAAACAAACUAAAUCUAUCGACUUCGGCCUUGAUUACAGGGUGUCAAGCCCCUACAAACUGGACACAUAAUCCCGACUCCAUCUUCGCACGGAAACACUGGUACCGUGCCGUUCUAGAAAAACUGCUUUACGACAAGAAGCUGGUUCAAGAAGGCAGCCAACGACCAGUCUGGGGGAUCAGAAAUGGUGACUUGCAGAGUUUCGCCGCAUACACUUCCCGUGCUCUGUCAUCUCUGAAGCUUGAAAUUGGUAAAGACAUCACCGAACAAGAGAUCAUGGAGUAUGAAGAAAGAUACAAGCACAGAGUAGCGGAGACGGCGAUCUUGUGGACGUUAUCAGUGUUGUUGUGUAGAGUUGUUGAGUCGGUCAUUGCUCUGGACAGAAUGUUCUUCUUACAAGAAGCUAGCAUGAAGGAAGUAGAUGUGUUGCCCAUCUUUGAGUAUAGGGAAAGCCCGAGAAACCUGAUGAUCGUGGCCUCUAAGAAGGAGUCAGAUGAUGCAGGAAGACAAUAG